CACAUCUUUAGCUAAACCUCUUUUUCAAUCUCCCACAACCCUCUCCACGGCUCCAAGGCUCCAUCCCAACAAACAUAUUGGUCCAUACAUCUUCAUUAAGCUCAAAAAAAGGAAAGAUUGAGAGGAAAAAAGCAAAGCAAAUGGUAGAGAUGGCAAUAUGGUCAAAAAUCACUUCAAUUUCUUCAACCAACACCACAACUUGUUCUUCUUCAUCAGCCUCAGAUCAUAAUCCAUCAUCAAACUGCUGUGGUUUGUCAAGGCUGAUGAGGAAGCUCAAGAAACAAAGGAAAAUGCUUUGUUCUACAAGUAGACAAUCAUCCUUCCAAUGCCGGUACGAUCCCAUGAGCUAUUCCUUGAACUUUGACACAACUGGCUCAGGAAGCAUUGUAGAUGAAGAUUAUUACAAGUUCUAUGCUUUUUCUUCAAGGUUCGUUGCAACCACUCCAAGAAAUGAUUGCCAAAGACUGGUGUCAACUUCCCACUAGUAAAAAAAAGUCGUAUAAUGCAGUUUGGGUUUUUUUACCAAAGCCCUAUAUAUGUCAAUCAUGCCUUUAGAUGGCAAUUUGCUGUAUACAGUUUUGGAAAUCAAGAUCAUCCCUAGAUUUUGAAAUGAAUUUACUUUUCCUUCUUUCUUUC